CAGUAUCAUAACAGGUGAACGUGUGAAACAUUUUUAGAUCUUGAGCCAUCCACUGCAUUAUGCGUACUAUCAGGCGCCUCUUAUGUUUGCAGCCGAGGCAUCUAUCGAGUAUUGAUGAUAAUGCCACUCUUGCUUCUGAGACUGCUUUUACUGUGAAUGAAGUGGAGGCUUUGCGUAUCCUAUAUGAGCAGCUAAGCCGUUCCAUAACUGAUGACGGUCUUAUUCACAAGGAAGAGUUUCUGCUCGGGCUUUUCAAAUGCAGCAGCAAGCAGAAUUUUUUUGCAGAUAGGUUGUUUAAGUUGUUUGAUCAGAAGGAUAACGGGGUUAUUGAAUUCGGAGAGUUUGUUCGGUCAUUAAGUGUAUUCCAUCCUCAGACACCAGAAGCUGACAAAAUUGCAUUUGCGUUUAGAUUGUAUGACCUAAAGCAUACUGGUUAUAUUGAGCGUGAUGAGUUGAAGGAAAUGGUAUUGGCUAGUCUGACUGAAUAUGAUUUUAUGCCUACAGAGGAUAUAAUUGAAGCAAUUGUGGAUAAGACAAUCUUAGAGGCGGAUAUAAACGGAGAUGGGAAAAUUGAUCCCGAAGAGUGGAAGGAGUGUGUUGCAAGAAAUCCUUCUCUCAUAAAGAACAUGACACUGCCAACUCUAAAGGAAAUAACUCUCGCAUUUCCAAGCUUUGUGAUGAGCACUCGCGUUCAAGACUGGGAACUAGUUUUUUGACACAGAAAUUUGUCAUUCGGAGGAAGAAUGUUAAAGAGACUGAUUUUAACCAUAUAGAGGAGUUCAAGUUUUGAACCAUGUAUGGAUAUGACCAAGUACUUUACAUUAUAUGAAAGCCUAUGGGGUACAUCUAAUAUCUGUACACUUUUCUCCAAAAAUUUUACUG